AUGGAGCGCAAACGCCUCGACACGAGAUGCGUCUGUUCUUUUGGGGAAGCCUCGAGCGAUACAGCGCCACUUAAGAACGACAGAGGCAACGAUUUGUAGGCGGAGCUUGGCACUCUAGUCAUUCUGCGCGCCAAAAAUGAUGAUAAAAGGUGGUUGAUAAGGCGUGAACGGCACGUGACACUCGGCUGAUUAUUGAGGUCGAUCGGUAUGGUUUGUAGACUGUAGGCAAGGGUUUUGUCAGGCUCAGGGGAUUGGAUAUUCUUCCAAAUAGCUUCAUCGUCCAGUUGAUGGUAGGUGGAAUGUACUGGAUGGUCAGUUGUUUCAGCUGAUUUCAAACAAUCUUUGGCAAAAUAGGGAUUCAAAACUCUAGUUGAAAGCUGCGGUAGUUUUUCCCGAAAAUUUAUAAGACCCGAAAAAAGUUCUCCCCUUUCCAAUCCGUUUUUUGAAGAAAGGUUUACAAAAAAUGUCCAUUUUUUCGAGCUCUAAAAGCUCAAAAAUCUCUUUGAAACGACUAACGCCUCUGAUUGGCUGAUCUGCUCUCAUUGUAGAUUUUAAGCGAUCUUUCAAGUCGCAGUAGAAAUCUAGAAAUCUUUGAAAAUCUGAAAAGGAUCGUCACAGUAUAAACUAACUAUUCACAAAAGGCGCACGGACAGUUGGUGUAAUCAUGGAUAUAUCAACAAAUUCAGUUGAAUAUCAAGAGAUGAAAGACCGAAGAGCAAUGCCAGUUUCGGCUCUUGCGAACGAGUCAUAAAUAAAGGUCGCGACCCUCGUUUGGUUCAACGAGUGAUUAUCUUGAUAAGGUGAUCGAACGAGGUUUUCAAUGACGACAGUAUCAACCUUACUACCGUUCUCAUCCAGCUUUUCAAGCCUUCAAAUUUCUAGAUUAUCAGAGCUAUUAGAAAGGCGUCGAUUUCGUUGAAAACUUCUUCCUCUGGGCGUUUUUUUUUCUCUUCCGAUAAAUUAAUUUGAUCUUCAGCCCAAAUUCUUCGCGGAAACUAUCUUUCUCUUUCUGAAGCAGUUAAGCGGAUGAAAUGUUUCCCAUAUCAUUCUUCCGUUUCUAAAGUGUUUCUUUGCUAUGGUUUCGUUUAAAAAAAGGCUGAGGGAAUCGUCAAGUCUAAAAAGAUUUUUUUUUUUUCACAAUUAUUUUCUACUAACCUUCAUUUUACUCCUAAAAUAAUCAGAGCAUCGCCUUGAAACUACACAAGAGUUAGACUUUAAGAAGGAAAAAGAACUCAAAGUACAGGAAAGUGUAACUUUGUUCUUUUGAACGCUUUCACGUGAACAAAGUCCAUAGAAUAGAAAAUAAAUCAAAGAACUUUCAUAGUGAAAAUAGUCUGGAUUUUGAAAAGUUAUAGUCAAAAAGUAGUUCAAAGAAGAUGAGAUGGAAAAAAUAAAAACAAAGAAACUGGAUUUUCCGAUUUCUAGGCUACUCGAAAGAGAAAAACAAAAAGUGCAAGGAGUUUCUGUAAAUCUCGGUACUCAUAGAACGACUAGAGAUUCUUUUCUGAGCCAAAAUGAGUAAAUCUCACCUUUUUUUUUUUGAAAAUUCCUCGCACUACAAAUAAAAACGGAAUAGAUGGUCGCACAGUGUAAAGGAUGACAAAAAACAACCCGUGAAAUUGUCGUCAUGAUACAAAAAAAGUUUCCUCUCAUUGUCUUUUCUGUUGUUCUGGGGAAUACCCUCGUAGUUCAUGUCAUGUACCCAACAGAAAAUUUAUCAUAUGACUAUUUUUGCUGCCUUAUACUAGAGGCGAUAAAUAUUUGGACCGAUGAUGGUAAAUAUUUGGCCUGCUCCUUUAAAAACACAAGCAAAGUGUUGAUGAACGCACUAUGAGCAACAAGGAAGUUACAAAAACGAAGCUUGAAAAUUACGGAAAACGAGAACUGCGAACUCUUUUUUCCCAGGCCAACUUAUAAACCCUUCUUAUCAAACUUUCCUGGCUGAUGCAAAUUUGAUAUGAAAUGAAACAUUUUGGUCGAGAUAAUAUCACUUUCCCAUGUUUCACUCUAAAAACAAGGAAAUAGACGUCGAAACAAACACUUUGCUCAAUAAACUUUUAGAGGAGAAAAACAAAAAAGUGAUUUUUGCAACAAAAAAAGUGUCAUUGAGAAUAGGAGGAUGGGUUUUUGGAAAAUGAAAAAAUGCAAGGGUUUUCCCGUUUCAAAAUAAGGUGAAAUAAAAUUGUGAAAGGUGGUCCCUUGAGGGAAACUUACAAGAGUCCCUAAGGUUGAACUUCUAGUGACCACUCUGGCGUUCCAUACUCGAACUAUAGAAAAAUCAAGAGUUUAAAAAAAGAAUCAGGUCAUUCAUAUUUCCAAUUUAUGUUUCUUAGGCAAUUUUUUUGAACUUAUCUCUGUAAAAAUUCAAAUAUUAUUUUUUUGUUUACUUGUUAAGGUCAAUGGACUUCGCGCUACGCGGGACUACAUGAAGAAAGUUUGCGCCUACGUGCAACAGGAUGAUCUGUUCGUCGGAAGUUUGACUGUGGAAGAACAUUUGCGAUUUAUGGUGAAGCUUUUUCCAUUAUUUUUUUGAACGGAACCGUCACAACUUUAAAAAACACUUAUUGUAUAUUUUGAAAGGUAAAUAAAUUGCUCAAGUUUAGCUCGAAACACGAAUAGUGUCUCUCACUUUACCUAACUCGCCAAAAUCCUUCUUAUUUAUUGAGAAAACCUUCUUGACAUGAGCAAUGAGAUAAUGUACAUAAUUACGAGGUUUUACAGUGACCAGAGUUUUUUUUGUUGAAAGUUUAGCGUUGAAUAAAAAAAAUCAAUAUGAAAUAUUAUUUCUAUCGUAGAAAAAUUGAUAAUUUUUGAACUAUUCACUUUUUUUUCAACGAGGAAAUAAAAUUUCUAACCGACAAACCCUGUUUCUAUUUUUAAUUUGAAAAUAUUUUCAAACGCGUGCAAAAAAUUUGAUCGAUAAACUCUUCGUGACGUAUGGCUAGAAAAACAAAAACUGCAAAAGUUCAUUGAGGAAAGUGGGAAAAAAACGGCUUUUCUAACUAACCGUCGGAUAGUUUUCUUUUUCGAAGUCCUAUAAGAUUUGAAGUUUUCAUAUCUUCAAAAAGCUGCAUUUUCAUGACCGAAAUUGACUGUAAAAGUGAAUUUUGAGGCCAAACUCCGCAUGGGCCACAAGUACAGCACGAAGGACAAGGAAAAUCGCGUCCAGGAUGUUAUGAACGAUGUGAGAAUUAUAUUCAAAUAUACAGAAUGAAUAGUUUGCUUUACAAUUAUUUUUGUUUUCGUUGUUUUUUAUUAAAUUUCAGUCUUAAAUUUGUACUGUAUUCGAGUUUUUAUAUCAUUUUUCGGAAAUUUAUCAUUCCUAUAAUAACCUAAGUUAUUGAAAGUCGUUUUGACCGACUUGGACCGUCGUGGUCGCAUUUGGAAUGACUUGAAGCGUUGCGGUACAAACUGUUCAGCGGCUAUUUUCAAAUAAUUUAAGGUGCAUCUUUGCGCGAGUCUUUUUUUAGUCGGGUUAUUGGUUUCCCCCUUCGAGUCAUCCCACGUGCGACCAUCAGCUUUCUAACAUUAUUAUCAUCGAAAAAUACUUUUUUUCUAGCUUGGACUGAAAGAUAGCGCAAAAUCCUUGAUUGGAACCAGAACUCGUCGUGGGAUUUCCGGCGGUGAGAAGAAACGGUUGGCUUUUGCCAGCGAGGUUUAUGAAUUUCAUCAUCUCUUUAUAAAUCAAUUGAAAAUCCAGAUUUUAACUAGUCCCCCAAUAUUAUUUUGCGAUGAGCCGACGUCCGGUUUGGACGCAUUUUUGGCUUUUCAAGUCAUUACGGCAAGAUUAUUAUUUCAUAAAGCAUGAAGUAUAAAUAUUUUUAGGUUCUCAAAAGGUUGGCCGAGAAGAAGCGGAUGACGAUUUUGCUCACGAUUCAUCAGCCUUCGUCUCAAGUUUUUGAGCUUUUCGAUAGGUUCGUCUAAAUUGAACUUUUGUUGAAAAGGUUAAAACUAUUUCUAUGAGUAAAUCUUCCCAUAAUUGACUUCAGCCAGGAUCUUCCAAUUUUUCGAGCAAAAAUGUUCGGCAACGAAGUUUUCGUAGUGAUAUUUAUAACUGUCAAAAAGCAGCUUGUUUCUUUCAUUUUUCUCAUGAAUUGGUAAAUUUUGAAAGCAAAAGGAGUUCAUUUUACAUGAGGGCUGAGAAUUUCCUGAAACAUGGCCAUAAGGCUCAUUAAUGUAUCAGAAAAAGAUUCUAAGUGUCUCAACCUGCAUAACUUUUUAGUUUUUGAGAAAAGACCCCUAAACGUCAAUGAAAAUUAUAAAAGUCCUUCAGAGUAGGAAAUUUUGAAACUUCGAGCCCUUAAUUAUCAAGAUUCAGGAAGUCAUGCAAGUUUGGACUUUUGGGAUCCUCGCACAUACAUGAAGGAGUGUUCUGACCAAUUUUCAGGACAUUCCCAAGUAAAAUGACCUCCUUGUAAGCCUGAUAAAAGAACUGUUACGACUAUGAAAAACUUCCAAACUAUCCAACUUUCUCUUAUCCAGAAUCUACCUGUUGGCUGAAGGAAGAGUCGCGUUUUGCGGAACUCAAGCCGAGGCUCAGGAAAUGUGGACAAAGCUGAAAUUGCCGCCUCCGAAGAACUUCAACCCCAGCGAUCACUACUUGACGACCUUGUCGGCCAAACAUCUCAAGCAGGAAUACUCUGACCGGCAGCGGGUGAAGGCCAUCUGCGACUUCUACCGCGACAGCGAGCUGGGCCAGGACACCCGGAGAGAGUCCCGCGGGCAUCAGUUCAUUAGUGAGUAG